AUGUCCCCAACCACUUCUUCUGUUGGAGUAUCGGCUUCGAUAGUCGAGGAACCGGAUCUUUUCAAUGAUGUCGAAAUAAUGGAGGUCGGGGAUUUUAACACAGAAGGCGAUGAAAAUUAUAUCGCUGUCGAGGUACUGUCGGAAAAUGACGACGACGAUGGCAAAUCUUCGUUGGACACAAUACCGAUGGAAGGACCGGACUUGGAAUAUCAAAUGGACUUGUUGGAGGACGCGAAAGACACUUGUCGCAGUAUGUCCGGGGCAUCCGAUCGGGGAGCGAGCAAUGACGGAGGGGCGUCGUUGGAGGGUGAAGCUACCCUACAAACUCAUGGCUUCCUGGCGGACCAUGAGUAUCUCGUGCGGAAAAGUUUUAACCUCGUUGGUGGCGGUGAACCAAGCAAGCCGACGUCCAAGAAGGUCCAGAGUAGCAGCGAACGUUUUAGCGUUUCGUACGAUAUGGAUAUUCGAACGCAAGAUCUGUUCAACGGGGAACAAAGCAGUAGCACCAGCAGUAGUAGUGGCAGGUCCAGUAUUUGUGAAGAGGAUAACACACCACUGUCAGCACCGGUCUCUUCUGUGAUGAGUUGCAAAAGAGGAACGACCAGUAACUCCGCUGUGAAUAGCGAUACAAUGGUCACGUAUGACUUAGAAGGUGAGUUCGCCUUUGCGCGGAACGAAAUCAUUGGAGGCGACUCGGAUGUAUCAUCGCCAGAGGAGGAUGAAAAUGAUAACGUACUGCUGUCGGUACUCGGUCCACUAGAAGCGUGUAUAAAAAGUGAAAAUAUUACGGAGACGACGUUUGAAAACGAUCAUGCCUACGCCACGCCAGUGGUCAUCAGUGAUGAUGAAAGCAGUGAACUUUCACCUUCGCCGGAUACGGAACCACUAGAUAAGCUGAUCACACUCGGAGAGCGGUUUAGAAAUCUUCUGGAGCAAUUCUCAAUGCAAAAUCCGCAGCAAAGAGCACCGAACAAUGGUAAACGGGAUAAGAUUAGCCAACUGAAUGUGAUGCUAGAGAACGUUUCGGAGCAGAUGCGAAAGUUAUCGUCACUGGGAAAUACCGGUGCGUCGUUUGGCCGUAACUGCGUAACAGAGUGUGCCGUGCAAACCGUUGAGUCCUCUUGGAGUUCAGUGGAAGGAUCCGAUCGAGAACGUGCGCUAAAUGAAAAGUAUAAGCAAAAAAUGUUGGCGGCAUCGAAUAGCAAAAGCUCCACUUCACCCUCUUCAUCGUCCUCGUCUUCUUCAUCCUCAUCAUCAUCAUCAUCUGGCAGUACUACUUCAUCAUCUGUGGAAAGCUCGGAUAUCGAGGACAUUAUGCACGAUUUUGAUCGGCGACGAAGGUUGCGAAAAAGUGCAAAAGAAAGCGAAAAGCAAUCUGCAAUGUUAAACGAUGAGGCUAAACGGACCGGCCAUAAAGACCCGAUAUACUCGGAUAGCAGUUCCGACGACGAGGAGAAUAAUGCCACUUCGAAAGAGCCUCAAGCUGUUGCUGCUGAUGGCGAAGAGAAUCUGCUCGACGAAGUGCUCAGUGGAGUGGACGACAUAAUGCUUGAUGUGCACGACAUUCUGCCAGCGGCGGAAGGAGUCGUUCAGGAUUUUCUCGAAAAAGGAGACGCUAGAAAGCGCGAGGAACUGUUGGCGGAAAGAAACAUCGAGCGGAUGAAAGGAACCCAUAAUGUGAGCACGCUGGAUCAAGCGGCCAAAAAAACCGUGCCGAAGGCAGGAAAACAAUCUCGAGAUCGGAUGAGCAAAAACGUCCAGGACAUGACGGAGUCUGAGCUUGAAGAAUACUACAACGACCAGCAGGACAAAGAAAUUGAACGGUUGUGUAACAUCAGCACUCUGAAUGUGUGCCGCAAUGCAGUGGCCACUACCGCUGUACCGGUUGCACCUGUUACGAAGACUAAAGAUGGCCAACAGCAGAAGAAAAAAUCGAACGAUACCAUGGACGAAUUUUUAAACAAUGAGGAUAGCAAUAGUACCAUGCCGAUGGAUGAUGGCGAUGAGCUGCAUCUAGGCGAUAAGGAUAAACACAUUGCGGCAGAACCACUGAAUGUUAGCGAUAGUGAAGAAAUUAUAACGGAGGAACAGUUCCUACGGAACCAUAAUGAAACUAUGAAGCAACAGUUGCUAAAUCAGCUGAGCAGCAGUGAUACCAGUUCCGAGUCGUCGAAUGAUAACGACGAGGAUAGUGCUACCGAUAGACGCGACGAUGCACUGGACGAUUCCGACAACGAAUCGGCAGGAUCCGUGGAGUUGGAUAAUUUUCUGAAAAGUCUCGAGAGCCGUAAAAAACGGACAAAGGGCUCAGAAAACCAUGCGGCGGCUGUGAAGGAUCAAUCAAAAGCGGAAAACGGGUCGGCUAUCUUGGAUAAGCAAUCGGCAAUCGGCAGUGGGAGCGAUAAGACCACUGACAGUGGUACUGUCGAAGCAGAAGAAUCCCAGCAAAGGCACCAGCCAGACAAGCAAAACAAGGCGCAUUUUGUAGAUCCAAAAGAUAAGGCCCUGUUUAGCAAGGGACUUUUCGAAGAGGUCAACGAUUUGCUUCGCGAGGAAGCCGGCGAAGGGAACGCGAAGGAUCCUUUCCCACCUGCGAGGUCACGCAAGCGAAAAGACUCUCUCGAUACGCUUCCAUUAUCGCCACGAUCGGAUAGGGAUCGGGCCGAGCGAGGGGCAGAGAGCGGUGAUUCCGAUGUCGAGCUGUUGGACGAAACGCUAGGCAAACAGAAACGACCACGACAAAACAACUCUCCAUCGCUUCCAGGGGAUCCCUUCGACUUUAGUGCGGCACUAGCCCCACAGAACAGUAAAGCGCCGGCACCACAAGGCGUUGCGGGCAAUCAGACGGCUGCUGUAGAAUCGGUGGCGAAGCCUAACAAUGUUACCGAUGCUCCACCGGCCAGCGUACCUGAAGCGUCAGCCAACACCACGAGACGGAAAGCUUCCAAAGAUGACGACUGCAUCAGCUUGAGCUCGGACAGCGAAGACGAAUCCCAGCUGGUGGCAGCGCCAGAAAAUGAGAAGGAAAUGCCACCAGAAAAUGAGCAUAAACGAAAAAUUCGGGCCAUGCUCACCAACGACGAGUUGGCCGAGGAAACGAAGAAAGCCCAGAAGGAAGAGGAGGGUCGCGUGGCGAGGCUGAAAAAGAAGAACGAACAGCUGAAAAAGUUUCUUGCCACCUUCCAGCCGGGCCCGGAGGAAAGUGACUUGGUGCUCGACUAUGACUCGAAGCAGGGGAAAGCCAUUUGCGUGCAUCCCGACAUUGUGACGCUCCUGAAACCGCACCAGGUGGAAGGCAUCAUUUUUAUGUACGACAACACGUACGGUUCGGUCGACUCGGUCGGAAAGAAUGCUGGUUCCGGGUGCAUCCUGGCGCACUGUAUGGGCCUGGGAAAGACGCUGCAAAUAAUAUCACUGCUGCACACCGUAAUGCGCUUCCCGCAGUUGCUCACGCGCCGCAUCUUGGUCAUAUGCCCGAAGAGCACGGUGAUGAACUGGAAGGAGGAGAUUCACCGGUGGCAAGACAAGGUACGCGGUGGCCAUCGGUUGAAGGUGUUCUGCUUUUUGGACGUUAGCUCGCAGCUUGAUAAAAUACGCGUCUUGCGCGAGUGGCACAGCACGCCUCCGCCGCGCUGCGGAGUUAUGCUGAUCGGUUACGAGGCGUUUCGAGCACUGAUUAACUAUGAACGCCGGAAGCGACCAGUGGGCGCUUCGAAAAGCAGAGUGGAAUACAUCCAGAAGGCGGUCAAAGAACUGUUACUCAAUCCUGGGGCCGAUCUGGUGAUUUGCGACGAGGGUCACCAGAUUAAGAACAAACGGUCGGCGAUCAGCGAGGCGGUGUCGAAGAUCAAAACGAGGCGUCGUAUCGUGCUGACCGGAACACCUAUCCAGAACAAUCUGAAGGAGUACUAUUGUAUGGUGAACUUCAUCAAACCUUCGUUUCUGGGAAGUGAUAGGGAAUUUAACAAUCUGUACGCGAAUCCGAUCAAAAAUGGACAGCACAAAGACUCGGACCAGCGUGCGAUCAAAAUUAUGAAGCAGCGUUCGUACGUGCUGCAUAAUAAACUUUGCAAAUUCGUACAGCGAAAGGAAGCGGCGGUGCUGAAGGAUUUCCUUCCGGAGAAAUAUGAGUAUGUUCUUUUCGUUCCCCUGACGCCGGUUCAAGAAAAAAUGUACGAAGUGUUUCUUCAGAUGAACGAGUACACGUCGAGCACUGAUCAACCUAAUGAGACGGGCAAGACGAAAAAAUUUAAGCUGAUCGCGGAUUACACGUCACUGCGGAAGAUCUGGACCCAUCCGAAGGUGCUCGAGAAAGCGUGGGAAUCGGCGAUUCAGGAGAAAAAUCGAAAGGAUGCUGCACGCAAAACGGCCUCUCCAGAUACGGACGACGAGUCGCCGGACGAUAGGAACGAUAUCAUCACCGGCCAGCUGUCGGUCUUGAACGACUGGUGGCGACAGUAUCUGGGUGAAGCGGAUCUAGAGUCGCUGCUGCCGAGUAACAAACUUUGGGUCAUGUUCGAAAUACUGAAGCAGUGCAACGAUCGUGGUGAAAAGUGUUUAAUCUUCUCGGCGUUCGUUGCGGUUCUUAACGUGGUUGAGCAUUUCAUGGCCAAAAUUCACAACCAGGACAACGAUCCGCAGCACUCGGAAGCGUUCGCUUACAGCGCCUUCAAGGGUCCGUGGGAGCUGGGCAAAGAUUACUAUCGGCUCGAUGGCAAAACGAACAAAACGUUCCGACACCGGUUGAUCCGAUCGUUUAACGAUCCGCAAAACACACGCACCAAGUGUUUCCUGAUCUCGGCCAAAGCCGGCGGCCAAGGCAUCAAUCUCACCGGGGCCAACCGGGUCAUCAUUCUCGACACGUCCUGGAAUCCCUCCAACGAUCAGCAAAACAUUUUCCGAAUCUUUCGAUUGGGCCAGAAGCGCAAGUGUUACGUGUACCGGUUGCUAGCGAUGGGCACCAUGGAGGAAAAGGUGUACUCGCGUUCGGUCACCAAGCAGGCGCUCAGCUUCCGUGUCGUCGACGAGCAACAGGUCGACCGGCACUACCGAUACGAUGAGCUGGCCGAGCUGUACAAUCUGAAAAAGGUAGCAGACAUGACGCGCGAGACACCCAUUUUGCCGGCCGACGAUUUGCUGGCCUCGUUGCUGCGCAACUUUCCAAACCAAGUAUUCAAGUACCACGAGCACGACUCACUGCUCGAGAACAAACCUGAGCAGGAUCUCAGCGAGGAAGACAAGAAGGAAGCGUGGGCCGCGUAUGAACGCGAGAUACAGAACAACGAGAAGCCACCGUAUCCGGCACAGUUGAACAUGAUGACCCCCGGACUGUUCGGCUACAGUCCGGGACUGGCGUCGCUCUACUCCAGCAUGAGUAUGUCGGGCAUACCCGGCCUGCCGCCGAUGGGCAGUGACAUGUUCAGGACGGAUUACUCCUACAAUAGCUCCCUGAACCGAUCGCUUUAUCCGUACAGUAGUCAGCAGUACGCGAUGUUAAGUGAUCCAGCUUAUGCAUCGAUGUGGUCGAAACCCUAUGGUUCCUACCCGAUGGGCGGUCCGGGCAGCAUGAUGGACUUUGGAAUGGGAUCUCAUGCCCCACACCCGUCCUUGAUGAACGGUGGACAAUCGCUCCCCCCCGUGAAUGCCCCCGGAGUGUCUGGCGCUGCAGCUGGCGCGUCCAAACCGUACGAUGCUACGGCGGCUUUAUCGCAUCUGUACAAUUUGUACAGCAAAUCUACUGGCGGUACUUUGGGCUUACCGUCGCUCGCUAGCCUGAGCAGCUCGGGUGGAACAAUGAACCAAAGGACAUUGACACCACCAUCGAGCACAUCGACGCUGGCAGGUCUUGCGGCGCAAUAUGCCAAUCCCAACACCACAAACACCGGUACCGGCAUUAGCGGUAACAGCGCCCAGUACAAUGCUCUAAAGCAAAUCAGUGACUACACUGCGGGGCCCAAUCAUCUUGCGCAUCCACCAGUCCCACCACUAGCACCACAAUCACAACCGUCCGUAGUUCCCCCAUCGGCAUCGGCACCGUUACCGCCAAACCCAUCGUCGGCGGGGUUGAUAAUAUCCGAGGUAACGUCCCUGUCCAAUCCGCUGCACGCCGCUUCCACCGGUCGAACGAACAACGGGCCUUCGACGGCGACGGCGUCGUUACUUAGCAUGCUCAACGAGCAGCAAGCCCAUCUGGCCGCUUCUCUGGGACCGGGAGCCUCCAGUCCGUUUUCACCCCGCAGUGCUCCGUUGCUACCUCCGACGCUCGAUAAUCCGCUGAGGAACUUUUCCGCUGCCUCCAAGCCACAGUCCGCCCAAAGCAGCUCGAUCGCGGACAUGGUAACGAACCAUGGGAACCUUGCAACCAACAGCGCCAGCCCCGCAAACAGCAGUAGUCGCCUCACGCCGGCCACAUCCACCGCAAGCAGCAGCAGCAGCCUACCCUACAUCACAUCGGUCAUUUCGAUGGCUCGGGAGAAUGAAAAGGCACAAACAGAACAACAGAAUGGGAAAACACCGAUCAGCUACGUGCUACCACCGCUGUCUCGUGCCAAUGUUGGCGGAAAAGUGAAAACAGGCAGCGUUGGCAACAAACCACGAACAAAAACUCCCGAUCCGGCCACCGUAAGUAAAGCGCCAAGCGUUUCGCCACUGACCACGAUCAUACCGAGUGACGACGAGGAUGCAGAAAGACCGGGUGGCUUGCAGAGUAAUGGAAGCAAAAACGGAACAGCAUCAAACACCGAGGGAACACAUUUCGAUCCAACGGAGUUGACGCGUUUGGCGAAAAAUCUAUUUAAGCGUGCGAAAAGUAUUGGAAACUUGCGGCAGCAACCAUCACCAACUGGCAGCAACACGGUGGUACCGUUCGAGAAGACUAAAGCUCCGGCCCCGUCAAACCCUUUCUUGAGUGGUACGGCUACGGUGUCGAGCAUCAGCAACAACAAAACGGCUCUAGCGUCACUGGGAACCACAGCUGCCAAAGCGACGAAUGAUAAAACGGCAACCCCACCGCCCAUAGUGGCCGGCCCGGCUGGACCAUUAACGGCGGCAAGUCGUUCGAAAAGUUCCACCACUCUGACCGGCACAACCACGUCCGAACCGAGUAACGUGAUCAGCGUCGCAUCGAGUGAAGUACUUUCAAAACCAGCACCCGGUGGCCAACCGGCUGCCAAGCCCCAUUUCAACAGCAUACAGGUUACAUCCGUAAACGCCAACACGCCUACUACGACGAGAUACAUGCCGGUCUCGUCUAGUGGAAGUACAAACACAGUUACCGUGAAACAAAACCCACCAGCAGCAACAGCUACCAGUAAUACAGUACCGAAACCUAUACAGCACCGCCCGAUGCCGGUUAGUGCUACACCGGCCCAGGUCGGAACGGGGGUUAACACCGGGGUCAUUGUCAAGAAAUCCGUUAUAUCAAGAAUCGUACCUAACCCUGCUUCCGUUCGAGUGCAACCGAUCAGCACCCCGGCGCUGAAGACGGUUUCGGCUGCAAAUGCAACCGGGGCAACACAUCGAACGUCCACGACACCUCCUGUUGUUAACCGUACGGCCAAAGGCCCAACCGUUAUCAACGCCAACCCGAAUAACAUUCGAGCAACGGUUCCCGGUUCGAGCAGCAUCACCAUCACGAAGACAACCUCCUCCACAUUACCUACGAUCGCAGUACGUCCCGUGUUGGGCACGGUCCCAGCAGGCAUGAUGAGUUCCAUUCCCAAGCAUAGGCUCCCUGCUCCUUUGACAACCGGAACCGGUGUUGGCAUUACAGGAGCCACCAGUACCGCAAGACCGCUGAGCUACACAUUCAAUGAAGCUAGUAAAGAGUACACCAUCACGAAAGCGACCGCUGCUCCCACUAUUCGGCAGAUAUUGCCCAACCGGCAGCCAGUUGUGGUUAAAAACUCUUCCACGGUUUCCCCAGUAACGAGUGGACCGAGUAGUGACAAAAUCAGCACACUGUCCAACGCUGCCCCGGUAAGAACUGCUUUUCAGGCGUCGACCUCGCAGAGCGGAGCUGCUAGUAGCCCCACCACUCCGCCAGUGCGAACCAUCCCGGCCGGUGCCACAAACAAUGUGUUUAUUCGUAAGCGAAAACCCGAUACCGCCCUUUUGAACAGUUUGAAGGCGAAAAACUGUUCCAUCUCGAUCAGCGAGGUGCGUUCCGACGCGGCGGCUCAAUCUGAUGCUCCGCCAAACAAACGGCCCAGGCUAGAUGAGGUCACCGCAAAAGGUCCGCCAACACCGACGUUCGUGGGAAGUAAUCGGAUGGGAGCGGGCAUAACCAUAACCCAGAAAAAUGUCCCUAUCAAAAACCCCAUAAACACAACUUUGGAGGUGGUCGAGAUCGAGUAAAUCGGUGACCGUGUCGCUGAUAUGCAGCAUUCAAUGCUCUGGAAUCUUUUAUUGUGUAUUAAAACUACCACCGUAGAAUUAAACACAUUUAUGUAUUAA